GUGAUUUGGCGCUAUAUAAAUAAAAUUGAAUUGAAUUGAAUUUUUUUCUGAGGUGCUGUGAAAAGUGUAAACCUAUCAUUUUGACCCCGGAUGUACUUACAGGAAACGUGCAGGUGCCUACACGACCUGAGGAUCCACGCGGGAGACCGGACGCUCUCAGGGCGGAGCCUGCUGGAGUCCGAUGGGUGAGGUCAGAGCUGAAGAAGUAUUGCUGUCAGCUCACCAUCGACAUGAACACGGUGAACAGGAAACUCAAACUGUCCCACCGUACCAGGAAAGUGGAGUAUCUGUCGGAGCCUCAGCGGUAUCCCGAUCAUCCCGACAGAUUCGACCGGGCUCAGCUGCUGUGCAGAGAUGGGCUGGAGGGUCGCGGGUACUGGGAGGUGGAGUGGACCGGCGAGGUUUACAUAGCGGUGAGUUACAGAGGGAUCAGAAGGAAAGGAGACAGCAACGAGACCCUGUUCGGGUGGAACAACCAGUCGUGGAGUCUGUACUGCUCCGAUACAUACGCCGUCUGGCACGACGGCAAAGAAACGGCACUCUCCUCGCGCUCCUACUCCUCAUCCUCCCUGUCCAACUCUAGUAGGGCAGCAGUGUACGUGGACUGUCACGCUGGCACUCUGUCCUUCCUCAAGGUCUCCUCUGACACUCUGACCCACCUCCACACCUUCAAGACCAAAUUCACUGAGCCCGUGUAUGCCGGGUUCAGAGUCUUCACUGAGUCCUCAUUGCGUCUGUGCUGAGUGGCAUGGAGAGCGUCCACUCGUGGGGUGGGCUAGUGGAUGUGUUUUCAGAGUAAUGGUAGAGGGAGCUUUCUCUCGCUUCUCUUCGAGUUGUGACAUUUCUUUCCUUUAUCCUGCAUGUGCUGCACUCGGGGUCAAAGGUUUGGCUGUAGUUCUGACCCAGGCAUCAGUGAUGUUCCCGCUGUGCUCCUCCCUGCCUGAGGGUGGUGCUGUUCACUGGUUAAAGACUUUAACUGGAACCUGACCGGGCUGGUUUGGCUCCGCCUUCUUCCAAAAGUCACAUGCCUGCAGCGUGAACAUGUUUUUAAACUUUGUGCAUGUUGUAAAUGUUAUAAACACAAAUGUCUGACUGUGCGACACACUUCCUGUUGUGUGUGUAACUGUGGAGGCGGGUCGUUGCUCUGGCUGUGACGCUCUGAUGACCGUGGUUGCACGCUCUGACAGAUGCUUUUAUGAUGACUGUGAUGUUUUUGUGUAAUUGUGUAUAAAGUUUGAUUUGAAUGUGCAGCUGUAGUUCCUCAGUGUGGCCACCUGAUGGCAGCAAACCCUCCGACUCUUUCAGCGUGAUUCACUGCUUCCUGUUUCCAGACAGUGUCUGAUUGGAGGACACAGAAAGUCCAAACAAAUGUGUACUUAUGUGAUGUUUCAAAGAUCAAUAAACAGAAAAGUGAA